CGGAACUUCGGAAGCAGCAAAAAGUAUCUUCUGAGCAGGGGGGGAAGGUUUGCAGAACAGGGUGUUUGAAAGGCAUGCCAAUGGCGUCCCUUGCUUCUUGUAGCACGACAGCAUGACAGGUUUUGGUUCGUGUAUCACGCCUUGGAGUGGACUGCUGGUAAUGUUACUAUAGCAUGAGCCGAGGCUAGGUGUAUUGUACUGCCCAUAUGGCGGAACACGGCAGGAGCGGUGGGCCGGAGGGUGUGCCGCGGGCAGCUUGCUCAGCAGACGGCUAUCCGCAGGCCCCUCAGUCUUUGGCGAGGAAUGAAGAACCGCGCAUGGAAGAGGGCAUUUCGGGGCAUCAGCAGGAGAGGGGCUGGGGUCAGGAUCAAGCGGCUGAUUGGCAGGACGAGGAGGCGGCGGGAGUGGAGCAGGGCCGGGAGGCCCACGCCCAGCGGCAAGAGGGGCAGGCCGAGCAAGCGGGAGGCGGGCGGGCCUCAGAGCACUUGCUGGACGACGGCCAUGACGGCAGGGGGUGGGGCCCGGCGCCUAGCACCAGUUGGCAUCCCGGUCAGGAGCAGGACAUGUAUGAGAGGCCGAGAUCUGGGGGCCCUGGGGGGCAGCCGGCUAGGGGCCACUCCAGGGAGGACGGAGCAGGGGCAGGGGGGUGGCAGCAGGAGGGGCGCCAGGGGAAAGGGGGGCAUGCGCAGCAAUGGCAACAACAGCAUCCACCUCAUCCGGAGCAGCCGCCAGGUCAUCGCCAGCCAUCGCGAGGCCAAAUGCAGCCCCCUCAUCAUCCAAUGGGUGCCCCGAGUGAUGCCUGGCAUCAUCUGCGGGGGGGGGGUGGCGAGCCGCGCCCCCAGAGUGCCCCCCCGCAGACCUGGCCGGCGCGCCCCCCAGUACGGCACCGAGAGGGCCCCGGGGCUUCACGGCCGCACAAGGGCGGCCUUCCUAGCAUUCCUUCGAGCGAGUCUUUGGAGCGGUUGCGGGGGGCCAUGGCGCAGGUGCAAGCUGCCCAGGCACACCCGGAGCAGCACGACAUGCGGGCGCCCCCCCACGGCUUCCGGGAAGGUCCGGAGCAGGAGAUGGCGCACACGGGGGGCAUGCCGUCCCCCAUGGAGAUCAUGCAGAUGCGGCAGGCGGCUGCAGCCAUGGCGGCCGCCAAGUAUGCGUCGCGGCAAGCGGAGGGGUUGUUCGAUCGAGGGCAGGGGGGUCGGCCUGAGGGCAGGGCGGGGCCUGGAGACGGGGGGGGCACGCGGGUGGCGCUGGACGGGAUGGCCAUAUCGCCGGCGGUGGUGGAGGAGCGGCAGCGGCAGUGGCUGCUCAUGCAACAGCACCAGCAAGCACUGCUGCAACACCGUCUGCAGCAACAGCAACAAGGACAGAUGUCGGAGGAGCAGUUCCAGGCCGCAAUGAUGGCGCAGCAGCAGCUUGCGCGCAUGCACGGCUGGCGUGGUCCCCACCCUGGUAUGCCCCACCCCCUGGCCGCGCUGUCCCUGGGCCUGGGUAUGGGCCUAGGCCAGCCCCCCUUGCAGCCGCCGGGCGAUCAUCAGCUCCAGGGUGUCCCGCAUCCCCUGCCCCAGCGACACGCCCACUCUGAGGGGAGCCAUCCGGUACAGCGGAUGGGGGCGCAGCGCGAGGAGGCACCCGGACAGGGGCAAGGCAGUGAAGGCCGUCCACCGCGGUCGAGCCUGGCGUCCGUUUCACAGCGCGCAAGCUCCCCCCAAACAGUUUCAUACCAGAGCAACCUGGAGCGGCCAGACUUCGAGCGCGAGCGCCGCUACGUCAUGCAGCAGCGUGCGCGGCAGCAGCAACUUCAAGAGCAGCAGCAGCACCAACAACAACAACAACAGCACUCACAUUCGCAGCAGGCGCCCUCUCCUCGCUGGGGGGCCGCCUCGCUGGACACGUCUCAGCAGGGGCUCCCCCCCACCAGCCAGCGGCGCAGCCCCGGCCCUAGCUGGGGGGCUGGCCCAGCGCAGUCGCAGGAGGUGCAGGGGGGCAUGCCGCGGGUGCGGUCGCGGGAGCAGCUGCUGUCGGAGAUGCGCCGCUCGCGUUCACACGAGUCUCUGGAGCGGCACCCCCUGGCGCAGCAGCAGCGGGUGCAGCCCCCCCCGGUGCGACACCCCCAAGUGCCGCGCACGCUGUCCCCCACUAGCACUGCGCCGUCCAGCUUUGAGGCGGGCAGUGCGGAGCAUGGCAUCAGGGGUGGCCCCCAGACCUCGGCGGGGGGUGCGGUGCAGCGGCCUCGCGAGCGAGACUACCAGGGGGGCGAAAAGGACGGCUCCGAGCGUCCGGGGAGCCGCAACGAGGAGUGCGAGGAGCGGCGGUCGGCGGAGGCAGUGCGGCAGGCGCGGGUGCAUAUGAGCCACCUGGCAGGACCGUCGUCACAGCACGACGAGCGCGCCCACUCGCGGCCCAGCUCGGGCCCCCGGGUCCCCGCCUUCUCGGGGGCAGUGAGCACGGGGGCUCGUCCGGAAGGGAGGUCCGAGGGGGGCUCUCAGCGGCGGCCGGGGUCUGCUCAGGAGGGCGGCCACGGCGGAGGGCCGGCCGGAGAGCGUGAGUGGGGAGGAAGAGACGCAGGGCAGGCGAGGGAGGGUCUGGCUCGGCAAGGGGGCCGGGCGUCGCCAGUGCUGGGGGGCAGUGCGCGGGGCCCACUGGCGGUGCGGGAGUGGCUGAAUCGGCCGGAACGGGUGGUGGACCGCGUGGAGAACCUGCACUUGUUCCGGCAGGUGGUGCUGCUGCUCGAGGCCGCACACCGGCAGGGCACCGUUGUGCGCGGAGUGCGCCCCUCCAACCUAGUUCUCAUGGGCGCGCUCAAAGUGAGCCUUGCUGAUGCGGAAGGAGGGGUGGGCACGUCCAAGGUGGUGUCGAGCGCAACGCGCAGCAAUACGAGCGGGCGGCUGGGGUCGAGCCACCCGUCGGGCCUGCGCCCGGCACCGUCGGGGUCGAGCCAGGGGUCGCUGCCCAACAGGCAGCCCGCGGAGGCGAGCCCUACUGCGGGGACCUCGGGAGCAACGGGGGAGCCAGGCCUGGAGGGGACGGAAGGCGGGGGCGGGGUGCCGGUUAUGGGGUCAGGGGGGCCGGGCGACAGGAAUCUCCGACCAGGGGACGAGGGGGGACAGGAAGGUGCGGAGGGGCUUGGAGGCGAGCCGGAAGCAGGCAGAAGAGGAGCAGAGGGCGCAGGGGGAAGGGAGGGCCGGGCUGAGAAGGGGAAGCAGGCAGCGACGUCCCCAGUGAAGCGAGCGAUGUCCCCUGGAGAGGCGGCGGAGGCGACGUGGUACACCAGCCCGGAGGAGAUGAUGGGCCACGUGGCUAGCCCAAUGAGCGACAUGUACAGUCUGGGCGUGCUGUUCUUCGAGCUGUUUCUGCCGCCCAGCGCACCGGCGGAGCGCGCGCGCGUCAUGGCCGACCUGCGGCACCGCAUCCUGCCGCCCUGGCUCCUGCUGGAGCACAGUAAAGAAGCCGCCUUCAUGCUCUGGCUCUUGCACCCGGAACCCAACGCGCGACCCCGAGCGAGAGACGUGUUACAGAGUGACUUGUUGGCGGAGGCGACCGACGCGUUGGCGGAGCGGCAGGCGGCGAUUGACCUGGAAGAAGCGGAGGCCGAGACGGAGGUGCUGGCAGAGUUCCUGCAGGCCAUGGCCGCGCAGAAGGCGGCCGCGGCGGCGCAAUUGCGCGCCGACCUGCAGCGACUGACGCACGACAUCCAGGAGGUCGGCCGCCGCCGCGCGGCCAUGGUGCCCCCCGGGGAUGAUGCCGAGAAGCGGUGGGGGGCAGGGGCCGACGGCAAAGGGGCCAAGAGGAAGCGCACCGAAGAGGACGAGGGGGCGGAGGACGAGGACGAAGAAGAGGAAGACGACGGGGGCGAGGUGCUGCGGAGCCCGGCGGUGGCGCGCAAGGCGGAGGCGCGGCGCAGCAAGCGGUCCCGGGUGAUGCGCAACUUCGAGCACCUGGAGAAGGUCUACUUCGCCACACGAUGGAGCUCCGCCGCUCGCGAGGGGGGGGCGCUGAUAGCGCCUCUGGGUGGGGACGGCCGGCGGCCGGGCGCCAGCACGCACUCCGGGAGCGAGCUUCGUUCGGGGGGGGAGCCCAGCGGAAGCAACCGGGAGCCUGGGAGCAGUCUGACCGGGGUGCUGAACCCACCCCGCAAAGAGCGGCACCGGUCGCGGGCGCCGGGGGGUGGCGACUGGCUGGGCGCGUUUUUCGACAGUCUGUGCAAGUUUGCACGGUACAGCCGGUUCGAGGUGCGCGCCACGCUGCGGCACGGGGACCUGCUGAACACGGCCAACAUGGUGUGCAGCCUCGGCUUCGACCGCGACGACGAGUUCUUUGCGACGGCGGGCGUGUGCAAGCGCAUCAAGGUGUUCGAGUGCAACGCGGUGCUGAGCGAGGGCGUGGACAUCCACUACCCCGUUGUGGAGAUGGUGUCGCGCUCCAAGCUGAGCAGCAUCUGCUGGAACAACUACAUCAAGUCGCACAUCGCGUCCUCCGACUACGAGGGCAUCGUCCAGCUGUGGGACGCGAGCACGAGCCAGGUGGUAAUGCACUACGAGGAGCACGAGAAGCGUGCCUGGUCCGUCGACUUCUCCAAGGCCGACCCCACGCGCCUCGCCUCCGGCGGCGACGACGGCUGCGUCAAGCUCUGGUCCAUCUCGCAGGAGCCGAGCGUGGCGACGAUCAAGACGAAGGCGAACGUGUGCUGCGUCCAGUUUUCGAGCGAGUCGUCGCACCUGAUUGCCUUCGGCAGCGCGGACUACAAGGUGUAUGCGUACGAUUUGCGCGCCACGCGCGCGCCGCUGGCGGUGCUGGCGGGCCACGGCAAGGCGGUGAGCUACGUCAAGUUCGUGGACGGCGGCACGCUGGUCAGCGCGUCCACGGACAACACGCUCAAGCUCUGGGACCUCGCCAAGGGGACCAACCCCACCACCGCGCCCGCCGCCUGCACGCUCUCCUACAUAGGCCACACCAACGAAAAGAACUUCGUGGGGCUGUCGGUGUCAGACGGCUACAUCGCGUGCGGGUCGGAGAACAACGCGGUCUAUGCCUACCACAAGUCGCUGCCCAUGCCCAUGGCGUCGCACGCGUUCCGGGGGGCAGACCCGGUGACGGGACAGGAGAUCGAGGACGACGCGGGCCAGUUUGUGAGCAGCGUGUGCUGGCGGGAAAGGUCCAACAUGCUAGUUGCGGCUAACUCCAUGGGCAACAUCAAGUUGCUGGAGAUGGUCUAGGUACGUGCUCAUGUCGAAAAGAGGUCGUAACGACAGCGGGAUUCGAGCUGCGGUUAGCAGCCAACGUGUUGACGCUCCGGUUGGUGACCGGGGCUGUGAGUUGGUAGCGUGUAAAUAGAUUGGUUCGUCAGAGCAUAUGAUACAAGCAUUUUUCCAGUUACAGCGAAUACAUUGGUGCCGUGUACCUCCUAUAGACGAAAGUACAAUGCAGAAAGACUUCCAUGCUGGAACAGCAAAAAAUAGAGUGCAAUGUAGUGACAGACUUUUAACCUGACGCUGUCGACUAAGUCUUAAAAGAGAACUGUCCACCUUAUUGUGGCCUCACGUGCAUGUGCGGCCCAGGCGCAC